AUGAUUGCUGACCAUGAAAAAAACUAUGAAGAAGGCAUAAGUAAAUUAAAUCCUGACGAUAAAGACUACGAAAAAAGUUUACAGAAAAUAAAAGAGAAUGAAAUUAAAGAACUUACUCGCACGGAGGAAAAUAAAUUUCAAAAGUAUUUUUUUUUCAAUGAAUUACAAGUUCUCCAAUUGCUAAAACCUUUGCUAGAAAAAUAUAAGUUAGUUAUUUUACUAAGUGAUGAUAUUAGUCAACCUUUCCUUCACGAAAAAGAUGGCAAGGAGCACAUGGUGAAAUAUUUAAAAAAAUUGGAAAUAGUUGACUCCUGUGGUAGUAAUGUGGAUUUAGCUAAAGCUAAAGGGUCUAGCGAAACCUAUGCCAUUAAAUACAUGCUUUCUAAAUUCUUUUUAAUCCCCGUUAAAGAUGAAGCCGAUCCCGACUAUCAAAAUAGUGACAAAGAAAACGUUACUCCCGAAGAAAAAAAACAAAAAGUUUUUUUACCUAAUUUAGACUUGGGUAGUUAUGUAGUAUUAACUAACGCUAAACAUAUUGCUUUUACCGGCAACAAAUUAGAUAAUAAAAACUAUUACAACCAUUCAGGUUAUCCAGGAGGAUUACGAACUAGGAGCACUAAAAUAAUGCUUGAAAAAUAUCCUCGCGAAUUAGUUUUUCGCAUUAUUAAAGGACGGCGGAAAGAAGCAACUGCUCGUGUUUACCUAAAAGAAGGAAAAGGACAAGUUCAAGUUCGAACUAAACAAGGAAAAGAAAAAAAAUUAGAAGAUUACUUUUACAUGGAACCAUCCCUAUGCAAAGAUAUUUUUAAACCACUUAAAUUCCAAGCUGAAGCAAUUAGAUUAGGUAUAGCGCGAGCCUUAUUAAAAAUUUCUCCAGAAUAUAAACCAACUCUAAAAAGUUUCUCUUUACUAAAAACUGAUCCUAGAAAGAAAGAACGAGAGCAUAUUGGCUUUAAAACCUCUCGACGACCUACCCAAUACUCUAAACGCUAA